UGCACACAUAAAGACGGCAACAAUUUUCAAGAAUAUUGUGACGUGUUCGUUACCUACGUUACAGCGUUUGCAGGAUCUACUCGUAUGCGAGAUCAGUCUUCGUUCGAUCUUUCAACCAUUCAGCUGAUCUAAAAUGCGUGUAACAGGUGCGGAUUUUCUAAACAGUGCGCCGAGUAAACGACCAUUAACCCACACGGUUUCUUUCGCAGGAGCAACAGGGAUUAUCUUGGCUGCUGUUCUACUGGCAGCCGUAUCCGACUGUGCCGCAAAACCACAGCGACUGAUCUGCUACUACACAAACUGGAGCCAUGCACGUCCCGCGGACUACGCUUACCAAAUCGAGGACAUCCCGGGCAAUUUGUGUACGCACGUAGCGUACACGUUCGUGGGGUUGAAUGAAUCUACAUCCCAGCUGGUAUCGCUCAAACCAGAGUACGAUGAGGAACGGAAUGGGUUCGGCCGGCUUCGUGAGCUCAAGAUAAACUUUCCCCAUCUGAAGCUUAUCGUGUCCGUUGGCGGUUGGACACACGGUGGUGCAGCGUUCAGCAAGCUGGCCGGCUCGAGACACACUCGCCUUCAGUUCGUGGCAAGCGUUGUGGCAUUUAUGGAGCAAAACCACCUGGAUGGGUUUGAAAUUGUUUGGCUGUGGCCGGGUGCACCCGAACGUGGGGGCAAUCCGGCCGAUAAGGACAAUUUUUAUUACCUCGUAAAAGAGCUGCACGAUGAGUUCCGGCGCGUUGGCAAAGGAUGGGAGGUUGCCAUCCAGGUACCGGUCGAUCAGGCACGGAUAGCCGCGGGUUACCAGCAGCAGUGGCUGUGCGAAGCUGCCGACUUUGUCCAUCUGGCCGGGUAUGAUUUGCGUGGUCCGUGGACGGGACGGGCAGACGCACACAGCAUCCUGAGGGCAAGACCCCACGAUCAAGACUAUUUCUACACCUUCAACAUACAGCAUGGUGUUGCAUCGUGGCAGAGACGAGGCUGCCGGCCCGAACAAAUCAUUGUAGGUCUUCCGAUGUACGCCCGCACUUACACCCUUACAAACACCACCAUCACAACACCUGGCUCGCAAACGGUGGGCCCCGGUGAGGUGGGUCCCGUAACGAAGGAUCCCGGACUGUUGGGCUAUUUUGAGUUGUGUGAGCUGAUGAAGGACAACAAUUGGACGGAGGGAUGGGACCGAAUGGCUGAGGCUCCCUAUGUCCAUCGGGACGGUCAGUGGAUCGGGUACGAGAGCGUGGAAUCGUUGGCAAUGAAAACGAAAUUUAUACAAUCUAGCGGAUUGGGAGGCGUUUAUGCGUACACGCUCGAUUUGGACGACUAUCGUGGGAAGUGUGGUGAGGCGUAUCCGCUGCUGCGCAGUCUGCAUGACACUCUAAAGCAUAAGGAUGAAGAAAUUGAUUUCGCCAUUUUUCGAGAGUAGUUUAAUAGAAAUAGAAUUUGGAAACUUCAAAACGAAACUUUAAAAA